GCUGCAACACAGCGUGCCGCCCAUCCUCCUCCUUUACUGCGCUGCGCACGACAGCAUUGCCAAGGCUCCUUCUUCCCCAGCUUCGCCAACAGCGCCUUCUUCCCCGCUUUCAGAUCGCCGCCGGCCGGCCGCCAGAGUCUGCCCCAAGCCAGCAUGCCGGACACCAUGCUGGAGGACCUGCCCGAGUGGCUCGUCGUCGACGAGAUCCUGGUCCGGCUGCCACCCAAGGACGUGCUCCGCUGCCGCGCCGUCCGCAAGUCGUGGUGCGGCGCCACUUCCACCGACAAGUCCAUCCUGGACAACCACCGCCGCCAGCCGUCGCUCCCCAUCGUCGAACACGACGAGGGCAUCUCCUGCCUCGCCGCCACCAGAGCUCAGAAGAUACUACGGCCCAUCGUCCGGUACAGUCCCGAUCCAGUUUCCAACAUCGCUUUCUGUGAUGGCCUCCUCAUCCUGUCGCGGCAGUCCAGCUUCUACAUCUGCAACCCGGCCACCCGCAAGUGCGCUCCCCUGCCGCGUCCUCCGCUGCGGCCAGGAUUCAGGGCCCCCAACGUCGUCGCCUUCUACCAGCACGACGCAUCCCCCCGAGAGUACCGGGUGCUUUGGGUUUUCUCGGCACACAUGGCGAGGCGCACCAGGUACUUCGUCCUCCCGGUGGGAUCGGACCAGCCAAGAUGCAUCCAAUGGCCGACAGUUUUACAGAGUUAUCCCGCUUCCUGUGACCUCCCACCAGUCCACCAUCGUGGUGCCCUGCACUGGGAACUGAGCCUCGGCAUAACGGUGUUGGACACCGUAACCGAGACAUUCCGGCACAUGAACCACGGCGGCGUUUUUUCACUGUUCGAUCUUGGUGGCGACCUUGCUUUGCGCCACACGUCCGGUGACUGCCUCACUCAGAACAUUUGGGUGCUGCAGGACUAUGACGCCGAGACGUGGGCAUUUCGAUACCGGAUUGACCUGCGAGCGAUGGAGGUGUCGCCGCCGCUUCCGCUUGAUUUCGCGGACGCUUAUUUCGCCCCUAUGAUGGCUGUGAUCAACGAGCGUGAGCUGUUGAUCCAGCAUGGUGGUGACCGCCUGUUGCAUUGUGACAUCGAGAGUCUGUUUUUAGGAAAUGUGGAAAGCCAAGACCAUGAAAGCAGCUUGAAUCGGUUUGCAAACAGUUUGUCACUCACUAUGCAUCGCCUCCAAGAGAGCAUGAUUUCGCUUCCGUUGUUUGAGAUGCAAGAAGAAGAUGCCAUGAACAAGGAGCCUCCGUUCAUCAUAGUUCUGUAAGAUGCGGCGCUCCAUCUUACUGCUUUGGACUCCUGGUUUGAUUGAUGUUGUGCCCCUGGACUAUCCUAUCCCAUAUGAGCCAUGUCUUUUGUUCUUUGUUACCAUUUCGCACUACUAAUAGUAGAGCUGAACAAUUUGGACGGAGGAAGUAGGGCUUGUGCUAUCAACAUUUGGUACUUGUUAUUAUUCUAUCUUGAACAUCAUGUUUAUGUUGUGAACAAUGGAGCUUCUAUGCUUUAGAAUUAUUCUUCUAUUA